UAAUAAAAGCUGUUACUGCUCCUACUCACAGCCCCGCGCAGCUACAAGUGAUCUCUCCUCGUCUCGUUCCCUUAGUUACAUUCACACAGAGGCUCUUUGCCACAGCUCCCCUCGUUUUCGGCAGCGUUGUGGGAGUUGUGUGGUUACAUCUUUUACAUCUUCUUUCCUCUCCCCCCCCCAGUUUUAAAUGUUGGAGGUAGGUGACUCAUGGUAACUCCAGCUGAUCUCUUAUUUAGCGCAGCGCAUCGAGCGGAGGGGAGAGCUGGUGAUAGCAGCAUGGAUUUGAACAGGACUCAAACACAAACGCUUUGCAGUUCCUUGUUGCUGGCUGCUGUGUUUUGCUACUGACAUCUCCAAAGCAGCGACCCUGCCCAGGCUCAGAACUGAAACCCCUGUGUGUCCUGCUGAUAACGGGGUGCAGUUCUAUUAUACCAGAGUGAAGGAUGCCAAGGAGAAAGAAGGCCGCGGAGGGUCCUGACUCUCGAGGUCAGGAUGGAGAGGUAGAAGAGGAAGAGAAGAGGGGUGCAGCCAAUGCCAAGAAGAAACGCAGCUUCGUGGACGCGUUUAUUGUUAUAUCUGACAGCGAUGGAGAGCAGGAGUCAAAGGAAGACAGCGGAUUGCAAACGAAAAGAACAAAACAGCAGCUGGAUAGAACCAAGUUUGCUGCUAAAAAGAAAAUUGCACAGAUGACUGAAGAGGAACAGUUUGCACUGGCCCUGAAAAUGAGUGAGCAAGAAGCCAGACAAGUGAACUGUCAGGAAGAGGAGGAAGAGGAACUCUUGAGGAAGGCCAUUGCUGAGAGCCUAAGUAGCUGUCAGCCCUUGGAUUCCUCUGAUACAACCCCGCAGUUGUCUGUGGAUGUGCUGGACACACAAGGCCAAAGCCACCCCGCUGAGCAAGAGGGCUGUGGGAUCCUGGGAGGCCUUGCAUCUUGCCCUGUCACCCUUUCCUCCAAGGGCAGCUCCCACUCACAGAGCACCAGCACUGAUGGGAGUGGACAGAUGGAUGUUGCCCGGAGCCCCCUGGUAGUGUUGAGGAGGUUAAGCCAGGAAAUCGUUGAAAGCUCACUAGUAUCCAGCAUAAUCGUGUCUCCGGGGAAGAGCCAGCCUUUGACAAGGUCAAGCGAAAAGUCUUCCUCGCCACCUAAGAGUGAUUCUAGUCCCCUGAGAGAGGACUUCAUCUCUUUGAGUCCCACCUUUGGCAGGGUUUCUUCAGGUUCCUGGCGGCUGACACCUCGGAGACUGUUCACAAGCCCCUCUUCCAGAGCAGCAGACCACAAACCAAAAGAGCAGCCCCUGCCCUGCUCUGACCAUUCUGCGGGAGAAGGCAGUGCUGGGAGCUCAGCCCAGCUCCUGAAGAGCUGGACCACAGAGCAGGGUGGCAGCCGCAGGAUGAGCGGUGCUGGGGCAGGCACUAAGCACACCCCACACUCCAGGCGUGCUGCCACUGUCUAUGUUAGCACAGAGCAAGCAGAGCAGAAUGAGGUGUCCAGCUCUUCUCCUGAGCUUUGCAUGCUGGAUGUGGCGGAGAAGAAGCACGAGGAGGAGGCAAGAGACACAGUGCACUAUUACUGGGGCAUCCCAUUCUGCCCCAAGGGGGUGGACCCCAACCAGUACACCAAUGUCAUCUUGUGUCAGCUGGAGGUUUACCAGAAAAGCUUGAAGCAGGCUCAGAGGCAGCUAUUACAUAAGAAGGAGUUUGGUAACCCAAUUGUGCCCAGUUCUUCCUUAAGCCAAAAUGAGCUCGGGAAAGGAGAGCAGAUAAGCAGAGAGAAUGGGGUUGCAGAUGACACAGAAGAUGGAGAUGCAGGCACUCAGAAGGAGUGUGAGAACAUCACCUGGCUCCUCCCUUCAAAGAAGAGGGAGGCAGAAAGUCCAGGGCACAGUGUGGAAGAAGAGAAGAACUCUGCAUCUGAUGAUGAGCCAACCACAAGCUACUGCCAGGCCUCCCAGGUGCUGUCCACAGAGGGUGUGCGUGGAGAUGGGGAGCCCAUGCAAACCGCACAGAGCGUCUGCACAUUGACCCCACUUGGCAGUAAGAGGAGCCCAGACAUUGCCAGACAGAACUCUGCAGAAGAAGAGAUCUCCGUUUGCCCAGAGACCCAGCCGAGUCUGUCGGAAAGCAUCGAACCAGAGAGAGAAGAGCUUUCCUCGGUCAGCAAAGAUGCACCCAUGCAGGCUGGUGCAGAUGGUGGUGCUGACAGGACUCUGUCUGAGGGCAACCACAUGGCUGACCACGUUCCAUGCCCACUGUGUGACCGAGUGUUCCCAGCUGCGGAGAUCGAGCUGCACGCCAUGUACUGCAAUGGCAUCGCCGCCACGGACAGACCAGUGCUCACUCGGGGUCGGAGAGAGUCACGAAGUAAAGCUGCAGGCGGUGAAGGCAGCCAGGCAUCCUCAGAUUCUGACAAGUGUGAGAAGUGCUACCUCUGUAAGUCACUGGUGCCACUGCUGCAAUAUCAGAGGCACGUGGACAGCUGCCUCCAGGCUGCUAGGCAAGCUCAGGGAACCAGGAAGCUGCGAAGCACCAAGGUUGCGGCAAGGCACAAGGGGGGACUCCUCAGCAUGUUGGAGCUCUCGGAGAGCAAGUCUGCAGGUGCUGACACGGGGACCCCCAUCCCUGCAGUAGAAGACCGAGGGAACCGCCCGGCGCUGCCGCCCGGCGCCGAGGAUGCUGAGCCGGCCGAGCACAGCGCUCGCUCCCUCCUGCCCCCCCCGUCCGACCCCCCCCCUCCCCGUGCCGGGCGCCGCAGGAAGCGCAAGUUGUGAGCCGGACCCUCCUCCCCCUUUUCUACGUUUUGUACGAUGGGCGCAGGAGCGUCGGGGAGGAGACGCGGCGCGUUUUGUAUGUGCGCGUGUCGCUGUGCUCUGCUCCAGAGAUGGAAAUAUAUUUAUGUAUGUUUUUAUGAA